AUGGCCUGCUUCAGUGCCCUACUCUGCACAUAUGCGCAUGCGUUCUUUACCGUUCAAGAAUGUGCCAGCUAUCCAGCAUUGGUUACUGAUGCCGAUUAUGUGAGGUUUGCCGAAGGUUGUGCUGGAAAAGAAGUCCUCGGAUUCAAGGUUCAACAAGAAUUCCACGCAAUCAGGCUCACUGAACCUCUGUUCAAUGGACUCUUCGCAAAUGCUCGCAGAAUCAACUUCCACAUUUAUGUCCAGAACACAGAGUUUAGGCAUAUAGAACUACCCAGCGUGGAAUAUAUUCCAGGACUCACAAUCAGAAAUAAUGCACUAUUGGAACAAUUCCGCAUUUUGAAACGCUAUCAGUUCGACAGGACUGUUUUCGGGCCAACAGUUGUUACAGUGGAUGGCAAUAAGAUGUUGGACGACGAGAGCAUGGGCUGUCUGCGGUAUCUCUGCUCAUACUGUGAUAUCUUUAAGUGGUCAACUUGCGCCUCUCUUGAAGUAGAACAAACCACGAAUGUUGUUGAAUUUGCUCAAAUGUGUUCCGGCAAGAGAGUGUGGAAGCCACAGGGAUCUGCGGUGAUCGAAAUCGACAUCUCAUCACUGGAGCAGGAAAUUAUCGACGAGCUUUUCCGUAGCGUAACCUACAUA